AUGUACCUUGUGGGGGGGGGGGGGGGGCGGUCCACGGGACAUAGUCCUUUCAGGCAGUGGCCGUUUAGUCCAUGGUCCAUUGGAUGGUCGGUGCAAGGCCAGAAAUUGGAACGCAUUGAUUCCGCUCGUUCCUGUCCUUCGCUUCAGGGCCUGUCCCUCGGUGUGCCGCUUCGUCACAGUACUGUGGCCGUAGCUGAAAGGAUCGAAAUGCACAAAAGUAUUGAAGAUCAACGAAACAUUUGGAACUGCCUUCUUUUGAACUCCAUCAACAUGAUGAUCCUUUCUGCCUCAGCCAUGGUUGCUCUCAACACAGCCAUUCACAACACUGCACUCAAAUUAACGUCCACUCUUUUGUUCACUGCCGCCACAGGGAUGCUAAUCAUCAUGAACAAGUUUCAGCCCUCACAAAUGGCCCAGGAACAACGAAAUGCGACCAAUUUGUUCAAGCAGCUUCGCAGUUAUAUCCAAGCCAAGUUAACUCUUGGAAAUCCAACUCAGGAAGACGUUAACAGCGCAAUGGAGAGGGUUAUGGCACUUGACAAAGCUUAUCCUUCCAAGUCCGAGUGCCCAAUGAAAGUUCCGGAACUAGAAAAGGAGAUGAGGGAGAAUAUAGGAGUGGAGAAGAGAAGAGAUAUGGAGGACGACGUCUAUGAGAGGCUACGAAACUUGGCUCUCGUGAUCAACAAAACCUUAGCCAUAUUAGGUCCUUUGCUCACUGGGAUUGCAGCUUUAGGCUCUGCUUUUGUGAGCCAUGACUCGUCUUGGCCAGGCAUUGUGGCGGCCAUGGCGGGGUCAUUGGCGGCGUCUGUUAAUGCCUUGGAGCGUGUAGGCCAAGUGGGUGUGGUGAAUCAAAUGUACAGAAGCUUUGGUGGAUUGUUCAAGUUCUUACAAGAAAUCAUCGAAGCAACACGUGAGAAGAAAGACGACAGCGACAAGAAAAAGACGACAACACAUCAUGAAAUGAAGGUGGCUUUGGAGUUAGGAAGAGGCGUUAAAGUUAAUCUGAUGAUUGGUAUCUGA